GUUUCUUUCUUUUUCCCUUUUCUUGAUAUGUCUAGAGAGUUGACACUCUUUAUGAGUCCUUAGGAGUAGGGAUACAUAGCUUUAUCUUAGUUCUUCUAAAUAUAUUUAUAUAUAAAUUUAAUAUGUGCGCGUGCAAUGGGGUAGCCCUCUUUAAAUGCGAAAUUGCUUUUGCUAUAAAAUCUUGCAUUACCUCGCUCAUUCUCUCAUUACAAUAAGCAGCUUUUUUGGCUCUUUCUUCUCUUCAUCAAAUACUACCCUAGCAAAAGCAAUGACAAAGAGGUGGUUUUCCGGUAUAAUUAAGGUCUCAUUGAGGUGUCAAGAGGCUGUUUGUUUGUGGGUUCUUGGAGCAAUGGAGGGUUUUGGAACUGGGUUUUUUAUUAUAACGAUGAAGAAAGCUGUCUUUGCUGUUUUCACUUGCAUUCUUGCAUUAGGAGGGGCUGCAGUGGGCACAGUGAUAGGAGCCAUGAAAGGCCAAACAACAGAAGUUGGGUUUCUUCGUGGGUCUGGAAUAGGUGCUGUGGCAGGUGCUAUCACUGCCGUUCAAUUGCUGGAAUCAGUUUCUGAUGGCGAGCCAUUGUCCAAGGUAGCUCUGUUUUAUAGCUUGAUGAAUGGGAAGGUCUUCAUGGAAUGGGUAAGCCCUGCAAUGCUAAAAGCUUAUCAAUGGCAAAUUAGUGCACUGGAAACCACUUACAGAGAAAUUUCAGACAUCUAUGACACCUGUGGAAUUAGAGCGCUGUCCAAGAAUUGCAUUCAAAAGCUUCCUCAACUUACACUCCAAUCCAGUCACAACUUUGAUCAAUGCAACCAAUUUUGUUGUUCCAUUUGUUUGCAAGUAAAAGAUGGAGAGUCAAUGAGAAAAAUUCCCAAUUGUGGGCACUUGUUUCAUGUGGACUGUCUAGAUAAAUGGUUGGCCAGAAAUGGGUCUUGCCCAAUGUGUAGAAAUUAUGUUUGCAAUGACUCUGAUGUAUUGUAAUUGUACAUCAUUCUUCUGAGUUUGUCUCACAAAUUAAUCAAACAGGAAAAAAAGAGAGGGAAAAGAAAGUCCUCGUUCAUUCUCCA